AUGAACGCAGAGACGGCUGCCCACGAGUGCGUGUCCGAAGACGCGCUCCAGCACCUGAGGUCGUACAAGUACUCGAGCGUCGACAAGUCCCUGAUCUCCCGAUAUAUCCUGAAGCACUACUGGAAUGGCUUUGUGGAGCUUCUGCCACUGUGGCUUGCCCCGAAUCUCGUCACCCUGCUGGGCUUCUUCUUCAUACUCGGGAAUGUCGUCGUGCUGGAAGUCUAUGUGCCGGAUCUGGUUGGACCGGCGCCUUCCUGGGUGUACUAUAGCUUUGCUAUCGGCCUUUGGAUGUACUCGACCAUGGACAACGUAGAUGGCAAGCAGGCGCGCCGAACAGGAACCUCGAGCCCACUAGGAGAGCUAUUUGACCAUGGGAUAGACUCGCUCAAUUGCACGCUGGCUAGUCUUCUGGAGACAGCAGCUGUUGGAUACGGAUGCAGUAAGACGGGGGCUUUCACGGCUCUCGUCCCGGUCCUUCCUAUGUUCUUCUCGACAUGGGAGACAUACCAUACCCAUACGUUGUAUCUGGGAUACUUCAACGGGCCGACGGAGGGGCUGAUCCUUGCCUGCACAAUCAUGUGCCUUUCCGGUUAUUACGGUCCCGAAAUCUGGUCUACUCCCUUAAUCAAAUUCUUCCCUUCCUAUGGCGCCUAUCUCGACGAUGUAACGUUCCGAGAUCUCUGGAUACCUAUUAUUCUGGUUACCUUCUUCGUCGCGCAUCUCCCCGCUUGCAUCGUCAAUGUUGCGCGAGCGCGUCGGGCUCAAAACCUUCCUCUGGCACCACUAUUUAAGGAAUGGACCCCCCUGGUCGUCUUCGUGGUCGCAAGCAUGGCGUGGCUUGGAUCGCCCUACUCAUUCAUUUUGAAGGACAACCACCUAGUACUCUACUGUGUGACAAUGUCCCUGGUAUUUGGGCGCAUGACGACCAAAAUCAUCCUCGCCCAUCUCACUCGGCAGCCGUUUCCAUACUGGACUGUGAUGCUUGUUCCCAUGAUUGGCGGAGCGCUUCUUGUUAAUCACCCAUUCUUUACAAUUACAAGCAUGACAUUUGGACCUGUUUCAGCGCAACUCGAAUUGUGGUAUCUCCGAGCCUACCUCGUCUUCGCCACCAUCGUAUACGGAAAAUGGGCGCAUCUAGUGAUCACGAGCAUCUGCGACUUCCUAGGCAUAAACUGCCUAACCAUCCCGACCAAGGCGCCGUCGACCGAUAAAGGGGCGAGGUCGAAUGGCGUUGCAAAUGGAACACACAAGGGACGCAGGGACUGA